AUUGUUUGGUCGGUGAACAUGUGUAUUUUGAAGGUUCUUACAGGAUGUGCUUAGUUGACCUGACACCGGUGAUGAAACUUGAAAAUGAAGGAACGGUGAGGAGGAAGAAGAAAAGGAACUUGCUAGCUUGCUAACUCCUUUAGCAGGCUUCUGGUUUUAGCGUUUUCACAAUGGCGCCUUUAGACCUUGAUAAGUACGUUGAAAUAGCAAGACACUGCAAAUACCUGCCGGAAAAUGAUCUAAAGAGAUUAUGUGAUUAUGUUUGUGAUUUGCUGUUGGAAGAAUCAAAUGUUCAGCCGGUCUCUACUCCAGUUACUGUUUGUGGAGAUAUUCAUGGUCAGUUUUAUGAUCUGUGUGAGCUCUUCAGAACUGGGGGCCAAGUUCCAGACACAAAUUACAUUUUCAUGGGAGACUUUGUAGACAGAGGAUAUUAUAGCCUGGAGACAUUUACACACCUGCUAGCUUUAAAAGCAAAGUGGCCGGAUCGUAUCACACUACUUCGUGGAAACCAUGAAAGCCGACAAAUAACACAAGUGUAUGGCUUUUAUGAUGAGUGCCAAACAAAGUAUGGAAAUGCAAAUGCCUGGAGGUAUUGCACAAAAGUGUUUGACAUGCUGACUGUGGCAGCUUUGAUAGAUGAGCAGGUCCUGUGUGUCCAUGGUGGUCUUUCACCUGACAUCAAGACUUUGGACCAGAUCCGCACCAUCGAACGGAACCAGGAGAUUCCCCACAAGGGGGCCUUCUGUGAUCUUGUGUGGUCAGAUCCUGAGGACGUGGACACCUGGGCUAUCAGUCCACGAGGUGCUGGCUGGCUGUUUGGCUCGAAGGUUACUAAUGAGUUUGUUCACAUCAACAACCUGAAGCUCAUAUGCCGUGCACAUCAGCUGGUUCAUGAAGGCUACAAGUUCAUGUUCGACGAGAAGCUGGUGACUGUGUGGUCGGCGCCCAACUACUGCUACCGCUGCGGCAACAUCGCGUCCAUCAUGGUCUUCAAGGACGUGAACAGACGAGAGCCCAAGCUGUUCCGAGCCGUCCCUGACUCUGAGCGCGUCAUACCUCCCCGAACGACCACUCCCUACUUCCUUUAAUGAUAAGAGCCAGUUCUCUAUCCUCUCCAGCCUCUGGAGAUCUCAACUCUCAAACUUAUUUAUAUUCAACAUAUUUUAAGAAAUUCUUGGGAGCAACAUCACAGGUAUCCAGCAUCUUGAGUUAGAAACGGGUUUCUUCCCAGGCUACUGUCUGUUUGCACCACACUCACUUUUUGUUCUGUCAAAAAAAAUCCUCUCCUACCCCCAAUGAGAAAAUGAUACUUUUAAAGAUAAGAUAAUAUUAAAUAGUUUAAUUUUGAUGGUGUCCCACUGAGGCAAAUAAACAACUGAGUUGUAAUUGCCAAUAAUACAUGUUCAAAUAAAGUGAUAUAUAUAUAUUUUUCUGUGAGCAUUUUAGCAGUUUGAUCUCAUGGUUGCCCUUUAAAAGACUAGUGAUUUCUGGAAUUAGGAAACAAACUCUUGUAAUAAGUGCUCCUGUUGAAACACCUCAGACUUACUGAGUAAAAAACUGCAUCUGAGCCCAUCCUACAGCAUUCUGCUUUAAAUGCGGGUUUUAUUUUUAAAUGUCAUCUAUCAUAUACUUUCCUUUUAAUUUGUUUUUAAUCUAUCUGUUAAUACAGACACCAUGUAUCUUUGACAAACAUCCACAAGUGUAAAUUAGCCUUUUACUCAUCACUGUGACCAUCUGACCAAUCUGACAGUAUGAUGAACUGUUGCUGCAACAUUUUAUAAGCAAUAUAAAAUAAUAUCCUUACAGUAUGAAAAUAGAUUUGUUAAUAGCUCAGCUCUGUAGUUUUAUUUGUUGCAGAGAAAGGUUCUUUGACACUGUUCCCCUGUUUUGAAUAAAACAUUCAUUAAAUUGU